CUCUGAGCAUAAAAAAGGAAGUGGCCGCUUCAUAUAUACAUGCGUGUGCACCGCGCUGUCUAUAUGAAAAGGACGCUUGAGUAAGGGGGAACGUGGGGAGUGGCGUGGCAGCGCUGAGCAGAGCCCUCUGUGAAUGUGUGUGUCGGAAUCCGGAGGAACCCCUUGGAAGACCAGGCAAAGGCGCACAAGCGAGCCGAUGAAUCCACAAGGAGGAAAAGCCUAUGGGGCGUUGAAGGUUCAGCAGGAAGAAUUGUUAGAUUCCCUCAACAAGGAAUUCUUGGAGAGCCCCAAAUACAGCACAGAUGAAGACCUUGCUGAAAAACUAGAGCUAUUUAAAAAGAAGUACAUGGAAUUCGAUCUCAAUGCACAAGGUGAUAUAGAUAUCAUGGCUCUGAAGCGGAUGUUAGAAAAGUUGGGUGCAGCCAAAACCCACCUAGAAUUGAAAAAAAUGAUCACUGAAGUCACAGGAGGGAUGAGUGAAACCAUCAAUUACCGUGACUUUGUCUCAAUGAUGCUGGGAAAGCGAUCCGCUAUCCUUAAAAUAAUUCUGAUGUAUGAAAAAAUGAAAGAGAAGGAAGACCUUCCAACUGGGCCUGCUCCAAAGAAAACAGUGGCAGACCUUCCUUAACCAUCCCCAAGAAUAGAAGAAAGGAGAAUCAUAUAGUCCCUCUCUCUCUCUCCCUCCCUCCCUCCCUCCCUCCCUCUCACACACAUAGACACACACACAAACUAUUCAGGUAGUCUUCAACUUACAACUGUUCAUUUAAUGACCGUAAGAAGUUACAAUGGCACUGAAAAAAAGUGUCUUAUGAUCGUCUUUCACACUUAACGACCGUUGCAGCAUCCCCAUGGUCACGUGAUCAAAAUUCACAUGCUUGGCCACUGACCCAUAGUUACGACGGUUGCGAUCUCCUUUUGCGAACAUCCGACAAGCAAAGCCAAGGGGGAAGGCGGACUGACUUAACAACCAUGUUAACUGUCUUAACUGCAGUGAUUCACUUAACAACGGUGGCAAGGAAGGUGGUAAAAAUGGGGCUAAAAUCACUUAACAAAUGUCUCGCUUAGCCACAGAAAUGUUGGAUUCGGUCGUGGUCAUUAAGCUAAAGACUACCUGUUCCAGCACAGGGCUGGAGGAGGGAGGUAAAGGCAACAAUUGCACAUUUUAAAAAUAAAUAAUGUCUCUAA